AUGGACAGAUACGAUUAUCUCUUCAAGCUCCUGCUCAUAGGAGACUCCGGCGUUGGAAAGUCCUGUUUGCUUCUUCGAUUUGCCGAUGACACCUAUACAGAAAGCUACAUCUCCACCAUCGGUGUGGAUUUCGUGCGUGUCCUUGUGACAGUUGUUCUAGCGAGUAAAUCGAACUCUGACACUUCUCAAAAGAAAAUCCGUACUAUUGAACUUGACGGCAAAACAGUGAAGCUCCAGAUUUGGGACACCGCAGGCCAAGAACGCUUCCGAACCAUCACCUCAUCUUACUACCGUGGGGCUCAUGGAAUUUGCGUUGUAUACGAUGUCACCGAUAUGGACUCUUUCAACAACGUCAAGCAGUGGCUCCAGGAGAUCGAUCGUUAUGCAACAGAGGGUGUCAACAAACUGCUCGUGGGCAACAAGAGCGAUAUGGAGGACAAGAAAGUUGUGGAAUACACUGUUGCAAAGGAGUUCGCCGAUAGCCUUGGAAUCCCGUUUUUGGAGACAUCCGCAAAAAACGCGUCGAAUGUCGAACAGGCUUUUUUGACCAUGGCCAGACAGAUCAAGGAGCGUAUGGGCACUGCGACCGUGAACAACAAGCCGACAGUGCAAGUCGGCCAGGGCCAGGGUGUCCAAUCGGGAUCCGCUGGGGGCUGCUGUUAG